ACGAUCACACCGCUGACGUGAUCCGUGGUCUAGCGUGGUCAUUUGUUGGACGUGAUCUUGACAGGCAGUAUGUGAAUUUCUGAAGGUUGUGGAUUCUUCUAGGUGAGGACGAAGACAAUGAAGACGUUGAUUAUGUUGAUUGUUGUUGGUGUCUGCUGUCACGUUUCACAGCAGUCGACCAACACACCCCCGGCGCCAGUCCUCACCAUGCUCAACCUCAACGUGGAGCUCAACGAGAAGGAGAAACGACAGUACGACCUUAACCUUGGCCAGCCGAUCCUGACAUGCGCAGACGCCGACCAGGACCAGACGAGGGCGUACAUCCAGUCUGUGACCCCCAGCUCCCCCUGCGGCGCCAAGUGCUUCCAGCUCCAGCCCUGUGGGACCAAUGAGUCAGAAUAUUGCCUGUUUUUCCUGCCCACCGAGGGCUCGCUCAUCUACGCCGUGGCCUCAGGCUACUCGCUCAAAGUCGCGUGCACGGAUGACCUUGAACCUGUGUCCACCAGCUCAAUGACAGUGACCAUCAAGUCCAACUCACCCCCCUACUUCGACCCUCCCUCACCUAUAGAGUACAUCCCAAUAAAAGGGGACGCCACUCCGGCAGACACGGUUGUUUAUGACGCCAACGCUAUUGAUGACGACGGUGAUCCGGUCCGCUACACCAUCGCAACCUUGCCGGGCACGAAUCUGUUGGAUAUUGGGAAAACUAGCGGCAAGGUUUACGCCAUGAACGACCUCAAGUUCCUGUGUCAGGACAAGGUCACGGCCACCAUCCGGGCAACAGACGACAUCAACACCAAGAUGGCCACCAAGACUGUAGAGUUCACACUCAGCCCCUACAACCAACCCCCUCUGAUCAGCAACCUAGACAGCAUCAAGGACACCCUUGUUGAGGUCAAGGAAAACCAACCCGCGGGGACAACGGUGUUGGCACUGACUCUGGUCAAUGACGGCAUUGGCACCGUCAGGUACAAGGUCACCUCGGUGCCGGACUUUGGCCUGGAGCUGUACGAGGUCAAGAACGGCGCCGUGGUGACGAAGGAGAUCCUCAACUACGAGCGCACGGACACCCAGCAGAGCGUGAAGCUCUACAUCGAGGCCACCGACGGCUACUGCACCUCCCCCACCUACUCCAUGACCGUCAACAUCGUGGACGACAACGACCCCCCGGUCAUCCAGCCGCUCAAGAUGACCCACAUCGACGUGUACGAGGAGAGUUUUGUCAUCACCCCCGGGUUCCUGGUCACCGACGAAGACGAGAACGAAGUCCUCAAGUACUCGCUGACCGGAAGUGCCAAGUUCACCACGGAACCAGACGUUGGUGACAUCAUCUCGGCCUCAGCGAUUGACGUCGAUCCUGGUAAGGAGUUCCAGCCAUUUCCCCUGACCUACAUUGUGACCGACUCCCGGGGCAAGAGUACCACCGCCACGGUGACCGUUAAUGUGUAUGACGUCAACGACAACGCGCCCGUCUUCGCCCAGACCCAGUACACUCUGGCAGUCACAGAAUGCACGGAAGUCGGCACCUCUAUUGGUAAAGUUUCGGCCACCGACAAGGACUCUAUCUACCAAAACAACAACAAAAUUAUCUACGGGGGCGGGGGAGACAGGAUGGCCAUCAUGUCAGGUGGGACUGUGAUCCUCACGCAGGCCUGCAUCGCAGGGGAGACUUUUACAGGGACGGCAACAGCCAAAGAUCAGGGCGAAUACCCCGGUCCACUAACAGGAGACUCCGUACCGCUUACCAUGAAAUGUAAUCCGUGCCCAUCCACACUACCACCCCCAACAACGACAACCCGCAAGCCGACCACCAAAGCUUCCAUCCCGACGACCACGGGAGCACUCAUCAAACGGACGUUCGACUUCUCGGACAUCCUGCCUUGGCUGAUCCCCGCCAUAAUUGGAGCCUCGAUCUGGCUAGCGCUGUUGUCCUACAUGAUUUACAGGUUCUGCUUCCCGUGCAAGAAUCCGUGUCAAGGCCGUUGUGUGUCCAGACCGAAAUCACCAAAAGUCGAACCGGAACCGACUAAAAAAUCACCUCCACCAGAAAAGCCAACUAAAGAAACUCCACCCAAAAAGUCGGAUCCACCGCCUCCUGUGAAAACUCCACCGCAAGCUCCACCACCAGUGGUGCCACCGAAACCAGAACCUACGCCAUACCUGUUUGGCUUUUGGAAAGAACAGUACACGGAUCAAGACUUCCAGACGCAACAGCCAGCGCGAGCUGUCAAACCGCAGCCAAUAGAAAGCAUGCCGCCUCCAGAAGUUGUACCGAGAGGCAAUGCGAUCCCGCCAGAAAAUUUAAAACUUGGCAACCCGGGACCUGGCCAGAUAAACCCACCUGCCAGUAACGCUGCUCCACCAGUUGCCCCGCAGGCCUCUAAAAAUAGCAGCUGCAUAAUUUUAUAGUACCAUUUUGUUCCUCUCUUGUUGGUUAAAGUGAUAUUUUACCAGAAUAAGAUCACGUUUAAAAUUUAAUAAGAUUUGUAUUCUGUAAAAUAGUAUGACGAUUAUUUACGUUGUGUUUUUUUAAAAUUUAUCCUAACUACGAGUGCUUUCUACGGUGGCAUAAUGCCUUAAGUGAAAUGUAUUGUAUCGUUAUGUAUUACAUUACUUUUGCUAUUGAUCUUAAAGUUUUAAAAAUUCAAUUAAAAACAUCCAAAUUAAUAUAAGAAGUUGCCAGAUAAAGUUUUAUUUUGAGUUGCUCUUUGCAUCAAUACAGUUCCGUAUUUCUGAACUUUUUUAAUUAUGUCAUUGUAAAUGACUUAAUACCCCAUUUUUAAAUUCAGCACUAUUUUGCAAUACUGAGUGAAGUCAAACAAAAAAAAAAGGGUUUUAUAUUUAAACACUAAGAAAACAAAAUGUUAUGUUUGGAGUUAAAGGUUGAUUGUUGUAUUCUUGAGGGUAUUUAAAAAAAAAAUUAAAGUUAGUGUCAAUCAUUGAUUUAAAUGAAUAUAUCAAAUAUUUCCCCCAAUAGUUACAUUUAAGUAUUUGUUGUGAUUUGUAGACAGGACAACUUACCUAUGUGGUUUCUUCCCCUCUCUUGCCCCACCCUGUCCUUGACCUUACUACAGUUCACAACCACCAUUGUAAAAUCCUGUACAGAAUUUUGACAACACCAAGGGAAGCAACUAGAGUAACCUGUUUUGUACUAACCACUAACUACUUUCUGUUAACUUGUGUAUUAGAGACAGUAUUAUGGUGCAGUAUUGUUAUGUAAAUACAUAAACACAUUUUCUUCAAACUGAUGAUGUUGAAUUUAGUUUUAUAAUUAGUUAAUUUACUACAAAUAUAACACAAAAUAAAAACUUUGAAAAUAUU